AUGAGGCAUAACCUACGCUCGAGAGCCCAUCCGGGUCGAAUAUCAAUCGCAUUAGCACUGAGCUAUGUAUUUGACUGGGUGAUCAUUAUCGCUGCGGCGGGCAUUGGCGGCGCUUUCUCAGUCGUCACACCGAACAAAAGACCCUUCUCCCUCACCAAUCCCGAAAUCAGCUUCCCCCAUGUCGAGAAAGAAAAGAUCUCGACAGCCGUCCUCAUAGUUUGCUCCCUCGUAGCACCAGCCGCCAUAAUUUUCCUCGUUGCCAUCCUCCUCGUCCCUGGCCCCACAGUCUCGAAAUCUACACCGAAGGCGCUGAUAUGGAAGAGAAAGCUAUGGGAAUGGCAUACGGGAUGGCUAGGACUGGCGCUCUCUCUUGCCGCGGCGUUUCUCAUCACCAGCGGCAUGAAGAACCUGUUCGGAAAACCGCGACCCGAUCUCCUCUCUCGUUGCAACCCCGACUUCGCGAACGCUGCUUUGUAUGCCGUUGGCGGAUUUGGGACUUCGGGGGAAAGCACGAAUCUAGUCUCUCACACCAUCUGCCAAAACAAGGACAAGUCAGAGAUGAACGAUGGGUUCCGCAGCUAUCCCUCGGGCCACUCCAGCUUCUCAGCCGCCGGCCUAAUCUACCUAAGUCUCUUCCUAGCCUCCAAACUCGGCAUCACCAUCCCCUACCUCUCCCCAUCAGCCCACACCCAAGACCGCUCACAAUUCUCCGCCUUCCCAUCCCGCGCCUCUCAGCGAUCAAGUGAGCAAUUGGAAGAGCCAUCCGGACACAACGACGCCAUAAUUGCAGCGCGGAACCAAGCAGCAGCUCCCCCGGUCUACUUGCUUGCAAUAGCCAUCAUCCCGUGGUUCGCUUCCAUCUACAUUGCUUCUACCCGCUACUCGGAUUUCAGACACCAUGGCUUCGACAUCCUAUUCGGAUAUGUGAUUGGUAUCGUAACGUCCAUUUUUGCAUUCCGAUAUUACCAUCUCCCCAUCUCGCAAGGCGCAGGGUGGUCGUGGGGCCCUCGGAGUCGAGAUAGGAGUUUCUGGGCCGGGAUUGGAGUUGGGAAUUACGCUGGGAGAGAUCCUAAGCACGAGAAUGACGGAAUAGGCGCGCGGGAUCUUGAGGGGCAGCCAAAGAACGAUGAUCGGAUCGAAUUGCUUCCUAUGGAAAACUGUGGGAGUAAUGCUAAUGGACGCCAUUUGACGGAUGGAUAUGAAGAUGGUGGAGUUAGGGGAUGA